AUGCCUCUAGCAGCGCGAAAAUGCUCCCCCAAUGGAGAGUUCCUCCCGUCUGAUACCCCACCAUUACCACCACCUCAGCGCCUGCCAACAGACUACUUCCCCUUCAAGAACCAGCUUCAAUUUGAAACUGUCGACCUUCUCUACCGCCAGUCGCAGACGUCGGCUGGGCAUAUCGAUUUACUCUGCAAAAUCUGGAGUGCUUCAAUGCCCGCUGGCUCAAGCGCACCCUUCCGCGACCACAAGACUAUGUAUCGCACUAUUGACUUCAUCGAGAAUGGCGACAUCCCCUGGCAAUCAUUCGACGUCACCUAUCAAGGUCCUCGACCACGUGGUUAUGUCCCUCCAUGGAUGAAGGCCAAAUAUGACGUUUGGUUUCGAGACCCCCGCGAAGUCCUCAAGCAGAUGAUUGCGCGGCCAGACUUGCAUGAACACCUCGACCUUACCCCAUUCCGUGACUAUGACGAAUCAGGUGCUCGUCAUUAUGAGAACCUUUUCUCGGGCGACUGGGCUUGGGACCAGGCUGAUCAGAUCGCUCAAGACCCUGACAACCAUGGAGCAAUGUUCGUGCCAUUCAUCCUAGGUAGCGACAAGACCACUGUGUCUGUUGCUACCGGGCACACGGAGUAUUAUCCUCUCUAUAUCUCCCUCGGAAAUGUACACAACAAAACACGACGAGCUCAUCAUGAUGCUGUCGCUCUUGUCGGAUUUUUGUCUGUUCCGAAAACCAACAAGACUUAUAAUUCCGACCCCCAGUUUCGCCACUUCCGACGUCAGCUUUAUCACUGCUCGCUCGCAACGAUCUUGAGCGUCUUCAAGCCCGGCAUGUCAAAAUCUGAGGUUGUACGUUUUGGCGAUGGCUAUCACCGGCGAGUGAUCUGGGGUAUAGGGCCUUAUAUAGCAGAUUACCCCGAGCAGGUUCUGCUCGCCGGUGUUGUACAAGGAUGGUGCCCCCGUUGUCUUGCAUUUCCCGAAGAACUUGACGCACCCGACAUUCUGCUGUGUUGUAAAGAGCACGAUGACGCAUUGGUGGAAGGGUUUCAUCCGACACUGUUAUGGGAUUCAUAUGGGAUUAUCGCUAACGUUGUCCCAUUUACGAGUGACUUUCCUCGCGCCGACAUUCAUGAACUUCUCGCGCCCGACAUCCUCCACCAGCUCAUAAAGGGAACGUUCAAGGACCACCUCGUCGAGUGGGUGAGCAAGUACCUUGUCCAGGAGCACGGCAAGACAGAGGCGAAGAAAAUUAUGGAUGAUAUUGAUCGUCGAAUUGCAGUCGCAGCUCCCUUUGCAGGUCUUCGCCGUUUUCCGGAGGGUCGUGAUUUUAAGCAGUGGACAGGAGACGAUUCAAAGGCAUUAAUGAAGGUUUACCUCCCCGCACUUGAAGGCCAUCUUCCUGACGAUGUCAUACGGACGUUUCGCGCGUUUCUGGAAUUCUGCUAUCAUGUCCGUCGCAAUGCUCUCACGGACAAGGACCUUAUCGAGAUUCAAGAUGCCCUCGACCGCUUUCAUCAUUACCGGCACUUCUUCACCAACAACGGGGUGGCAGCCACGGUUUCGCUGCCCCGCCAACAUUCCAUGUAUCAUUACCUCCACUUGGUUCGUCAAUUUGGUGCUCCAAAUGGUCUGUGCUCCUCCAUCACGGAGUCAAAGCAUAUUGAGGCUGUGAAGGAGCCGUGGCGCCGAUCGAGUUGCUUCAAUGCGCUCGGACAAAUGCUGGUUACAAACCAGCGGUUGGAUAAACUGAAGGCAUGCCGGCGCAGCUUCGAGGAGCGGGGUAUGCUUCGACCUCUCACAGAGGACUUUGCAACCUUGCAGGGUCGUACGUUUUUAGAGCCCCAUUCCCGGUCUAUUGACGAGAGCCCGGAAGAUUCGGAAGCUGUCGACGGAGCAGACCUUUCCGCAGAGGUUACACUUUCAUCACGCCCGAGCCCAGGACGGCCCAAGAGCAUCAGGGAACUCGCAGAUGAAAUAGGCGUCCCUAAGCUUGAACGACUCACGCGCCGCUUUCUCUUUGGACAACUCCACCCCCGAGACCCUCGCGUGCCGUUGCGCUCCGUUCCUAUCAGGGAAUGUCCGACUCUCCCCGAUCACAUCAAGGUUUUCAAUUCGGCAAGUGCUGUCUUCAAAGCCCCGAGCGACAUCUGCGGGCUGUCGGGCAUGAGGAGCGAGCGCAUACGCUCCUGCCCUCUAUGGCGAGGCAAGGCGCCUCGUUACGAUUGUGCCUUCCUCAUGACCCACGCAAAUGUCGAAGGAACGCUAGCUAUGGAUAUCGCGCGCGUUCUCGCGCUAUUUUCAUUUUGGUACCAAGGGACGGUUUAUCCUUGCGCCGUCGUCCAUUGGUUCGAGUUCUCGGAGGAGGAGCGAGAUGAAAAUACAGGCAUGUAUGUGGUGCAGCCCAUGGCCAAUAGCAAUGGCUCUCGUCGGGUGGACGUUGUGCAUAUCGACAGUCUCGUACGUGCUGCUCACCUCCUUCCUCGAUUCGGUACGAGUCGUAUUCCAGAGGACUUAAAGUGUUAUGAGUCGUAUGAUACUUUCGCAAGCUUCUAUCUCAACAAGUUCAUUGAUCAUCACGCUUUCGAGAUUGCUUAG